AUUAGCCAAGUCUGUGGUGUUUAAAACUUGUGACAGUGCAGUUGUGUAGACUGCUCACCUGACUGUGGCCACACUUGGCUGUUUCUUAUUCAAGGCACCUGCUCUUUAAUUAAGCUGCCAGCAUUCCUGACCAUCUUAUCUCGACUUAUUUGCGUUAUUUCCAAAGAAAAUUUGUUUCACGCGCCAAAUGUCAUGGCACACAGAAGAAGAAGAACACAACGUCCACUUCCAGUUUUCUACAUUAAGACAGCACUGAUAGACAAGCACCCAGCAGUAUGGACCAGCUUACUUUAAAUUACAUGGAGAUGUGCAACAUGGAGUCCAGCACAGAUUCUGACUCUGAAAUCAGUCCAAGAUGGUCCGACACCAGUACCAUGGGAUGUGUGAGCAGUGCACCAGAGAGUGGUGCCUCAAGGAGGGCGUUGCCAUUAACGCUUAAGCCUGCAGAAAGGCAUGGCUGUUAUUCUUUGGAUUUGGACCCGUACGAUGGGAGCUCUGAGGAUUCUGACGAGUCAAAUGUCAAUGUCUCCAGCAGGCAAUCGAGGCAGCAGGCAAAAGGUGGUGAAAAAGGAGGAUGUCGACUCUCGGGCCGAAGCAGGCGAUGUAUCUGUAAUCACUCUGCUUCUGUUGCCCUCAGAGAAGGGACAAAAAAUGACAAGAGAGACUGUCUGAGAGAACAGCCGAAUCUUCUGGAUGUCCAGAUGAAAUGUGGAAGUGACUCUGACCGGUUGGUCUGCGAACUGGACACUCUUCCCUCUAACAGUGACAGGGAUGCUUGUAAGAAUCUUCCAGAAGAAAGGGUAACUGAUUCAGUAACACACAGACAAAUCUCUGAUAUGGAAUUGCAGCUUGAUGAUUCAGGCUUGCGUAUUACAAGAUCCUCCACACUUCACCCACCUAAACCUCAAAGCUCAGUGGAGGGGAGUUCAUCUCACAUGCUGGGUUGCUUCUCUGAGAGAUCUCCCUGCUUGUGUAACCUUGGAUCUCUGUACAAGAGAAAGCUGAGUCUCCCUGGAACAGACAUGAUUGAGUUGGGACACAGGAAGAAGCAGUGUGUCUUCAACAUGGACGAUGAACAAGAAGGAAACAAUUCUGCAUCUGAACCAUGUUAGAGUUCUUUAACAGUUGAGAUUUAAGGUGGACUGAAAUACUGUAAAUAGUUAUUUGGAAUUGCACUCUGUUUAUUCAUGAAUAGUUAACUUUGAGCACCUCCUGAUCGUUAAGGUGGCAUUUGGUUAUCACUUGCUUAAAAUUUAGUCACAGGUGACUCAUCAAAACCUAAUUUUUGUUCAAAUGAGCUGCUUAAAUCCAAAUGAAUGAAUAAAGUAAAAUAUUUAAGUCUCCAGUGGUUCAUGGAGGUUCAAUGAGUGUCUGCAGUUAGGUCAGUAAGCAUUUGAACAAUGUAAUGUUACCUCAAACAGUUAAUAUGUGAUUUUAAGUGCAAACCUUUAGCUUUACUUAAAGGGUUUUAGCAAAACAUGGCCUUUUGGUGUUGUGCUGGUCUGUGCAUUCCUUCCUUUUAACCAGAUGGUUAUGUUGAUUUGACUCCUUGGGUUUGAGUAACAGGGAAACUAGGCUCACCUGGCCUUGUCAGUCUAUUGUCUUCUACUUUUGACCCUCUAAAAGAGAGUGAGUGUAUAAAAAUGGUUUUGCCAAACAGUUAUUGCUGUAACAGAUAUUUUAUGCA